AUGGGAGAGGACGUCAGCGAAACCAUCAACAACGUGAGCACAACGGAGAUUAGGGAUGGGGCUGCCGCGGCCGGUGCGAAUGGGCUUGAUGUGGUGGUCCGCAUAGUGACAUUCAUCUUAGCUCGCUUGUAUCGUCUAAACCGAAAGCAAAAUCCUUGGUGGCACCGUGCUGACUCUAUUGGCAGACCCGAGUCAACUGGAGAUGGCCGAUAUGAUAACCGACAUUAAACUAAACUUCCAAUUCUUUGAGCAAGCAAAGAACGGAAGAAUGUCUAGGAGCCGCUUUGACUGGAUCGGGAAGCAGCGCUUAGCAUAAGGCCUCCUUGGAAACCCGUUACAAGAUGAAGUCCUGCCGAAAACCGUGGGGUCUUUACGUAAACUGUUCCUAUGUCUGGUGGUCUCAAAGCAGGGCACUAGCCGCGAAGUGCACUCGAUGAGACCUGCCAGAUAGCAAUCUUGGCAGGUGGCUGCCACAAUGAAUUGCGUAAUCUCGGAGCUCAGUGCGGGCCAUGUUCUUAUGUCCGAUCGUCGCGUGCAGCCCAAGGCGGCCACAUGGUUGCGCUCUUUGGAACAGGUUUAGGCGGCAUAUAUGCACUUUUGUUGGCAAAUUUCCCCGUAGUUGAAGGAACUUGGAAGCGCCCCCGUUUGGAAAUUAUCCCAAGUGGCAGUGAGUCUGGCAGAACGCGUUAGGCC